AUGGUGUACGAAGAGGGCAGCAUGGACAUCAUCGUCCUGUAUCCCAGUGACUCGAGUGAGUCUUACCAGUGCGACCAGUUGUCGCAGAGCACUGCCUCCACGAGCUCUCUCGGCCCUCAGUACACAUCGUAUUCCGACAGUUUCAACAUUAAGAGAGGCGGGGCGCUCUUUGGGUUCGAUGAGGAGCUCAGCGAGAACGAAGAGACACUGGCCGAGGAAAGAGAGCGGCUGCGCGAAGAGCGGUGCAACCGUCUUCGGUACGGUCCCAGUCGCGCCAACCGCAGCCACGACCGGCAGAGUAUUCUUUCGGCUCGCCAGAACCUACUAAACGAGUUUAUUCUUCGCGAGACCAAGAAGGCUACCAUAAGCCGUCAAGAUCACCAUAUUAUGCUGCGCCAGCUGAUUAGCGCAGCGUACUUCCGCGACCCUAAUCAUGUCGCCAACCGUCAGAAGUGGCGCCGCAUCAUGGCGAGCAUCGGCAAGGAGUACUACGGGUCGAAGGCAAUCUUCUCCCUCUCCCCCGACCCGUACGACAGCGUAGUGGCGAAGCUGUCGUCAAUGAUGCUCUGGGAUGAUGAGAUCCGUCACUGGUCGUACGACUACUGCGACGCGGAGAUGACCCGCCGCCGCAACGCGCAGGUAGAGACGUUGAAGAAGCUUCAGGCGAGUGGCGCUCUCUUUUUAUCGUAG